AUGGAACAAAACACUACCCAAGUUUUUUCUGAUUUAGCCUAUAAGGUUUGCUUCAAGGUUAUUAACGACAAAAAUAAACCUUUCGUUCUUCACGAUGAAUAAAGAUUGGCUAAUUGCCUCACUAGAUACGUCGAAGCUUUCAAUGUAACUUCAGAAUACUUCUUCCGUGAAAGAGCCGGAGAAACUAAAGUCACUGAAAAGCAAUGA